AGACGACUGACGUCAUUACGUACGCCCGAACAGGAACAGGAAGUAAACAUACCAAAGUAGAACAGAUUUUAAGAUAUCUCAUCUGCGAAUGUGUCAUACCACUCUUUGUGGCAGUGAAUCGUUGAAUCCCCUCAGUGCCUUGAAAGCACCUUAUAUAACAUUUCUGCUAUUCAGAAGGCGGGAUUUCGCACGAUCGCGAGGCAAUCUGCUUGGUAGACAUCUCUACAAUCCAUCUAGCUAGCUAGUGUUUUUACCAGAGAUUGAUACGCGCCGUGCACAGCGCGCACAUUGCAUAGAUUGCCACGCAGUCUAUAAUUUCUGCAUGAGCAUGAGCAUGAGUCAGAAGUUGUUAACAUUCGCAAAAGCUUGUAGAGUUCAGAGCCCCGUACAAGGGCUAGUGAAAUGCAGCCCAUAACGUCACCUGGCAACAGCGGCAACAAUUUGAAGUCAGCAAGCUGGGAGUCAACAGCUGAUACAGACUCACUGGAGUUGACAAAACAUCCGAUGUCUGCUGUCCCUCAGGCUACAGGGACUUUACAAUGGGGGGAUGACUGUCUGCUGGACUGCAUUCUUGGUCGAAGGCUUGGUUCAAGACGACUUGGUUUUGCAAACCGGACUUUGCUGAAGGUGUUGCUUUGGCUGGUUUUGCUUGGGGUGUUUGCUGAGCUUGGCUUUGGGUUGCCUUUCUUCCUAAUCUCCCUCUUCUACUGGCUCUACCAGGGCCUGCGGAGCCCAACUAAACUUCAACCUGGAGAACUGAGUGCUUACUCAGUAUUCAACCCAGACUGUCAGCCUCUCAUUGGCACUCUUACAACAGAGCAGUUGGACUGUGAAAUGGGAAUACUACAGCUAACCAUGUAAAGCAGUGUUUCCCAACUCCAUUCCUCGAGUAUCCCCAACAGCACACAUGUGUUGUAGCCCUGGACAAGCACACCUGAUUCAACUUGUCAACUAAUCAUCAAGCUCUCAAUGAGUUGGAUCAGGUGAGUUUCUGUGGCUACAACAAAAAUGUGUGCUGUUGGGGGUACUGGAAACACUGAAGUAAAUGAACUGUUUUUAAAUGUGUGCGAGUUAUGCCUUUUGUGUUUAAAUGUUAUGUUUUUUGGUUGCACCUAGACUCAAUGAACAAUGCACACUGCUGUUGGUUGUAAUGUAAAACUGCUUGUUAAUUCCAUUAAAAUUUCUACAUCUCA